AUUUGAUUCAUUACCAGUGCCACGCGGAUGCCUAUUAUUUUUUUGGAGCACGCGUUGCACGAGAUUGCCCGUGGAAACUGUUCAUCACAUGAGAUUUUAUUUGUUGCUGCAGUGAAAAUAACAUAAAAAAUGGCUUAUACAGGCAUUCUUUCGAUACUGUUGCCUCUCACUAUGAAGGAGAAGAACCUCUCAAGUCCAUGGAUGAUAUCGAAGCUCAUAUGAUCGGAAACCUCCUCCCUGACAACGAUGAGCUCCAAUCCGGAGUGACUAAUGGGCUUGAGUUUUCCAUGCCGUCUAAAGGUGCUGAUGACAUGGAGGAAUUAGAUCUCUUUAAUAGUGUCGGAGGAAUGGAUUUGGAAGAGGAUGUCUCCUCUGAUGGACACAAGAAAUAUGAAUAUCUUGCAGAUGGUAAUGGUUAAAUGAACGGCGAGCACCCUUACGGUGGGCACCCUUCUAGAACAUUGUUUGUGAGAAAUAUAAAUAGCAACGUCGAGGAUUCUGAAUUACGGGCCCUUUUCGAGCGACAUGGAGAAAUCUGUAUACUUUAUACGGCGUGCAAGCAUCGCGGUUUUGUUAUGAUAUUCUAUUAUGACAUCAGAGCUGCUCGCACUGCUAUGAAGGCUCUGCAGAGCAAACCGCUGAGGCAAAGGAAACUUGACAUCCAUUACUCAAUUCCAAAGGACAACCCGACGAAGAAAGAUAUUAAUCAGGGCACCCUUGUGGUCUUCAAUCUCGACUCUUCCGUUUCGAAUGAAGAACUCCAUCACAUAUUUGGUGCUUAUGGAGAAAUCAAAGAGAUACGUGAGACCCCGCAUAGAAAUAAUCGCAAGUUUAUCAAAUUUUAUGAUGUUAGAGCUGCAGAAGCUGCUCUUCAUGAGUUGAACAGGAGCGGUAUUGCUGGGAAGCAAAUUAAACUUGAGCCAAGCUGUCCCGGAGGUGUAAGACAUUUUGCACAAAAUAAUCCUCUGGAGUCAGAGCAAGAGGAGUUCGAUCUUUUUGUGCGUCGGAAUAGCCCUGCAAACAACUCGAAUGCUGGACUUUCUGGUCCUUUUCCUUCAGGGUCAGUCAAGCCUAGUAGUACUGAUGAUGGAACUAUCAUGGGCUUUCAAUCUUCAAUGCAUUCCUCAAUUCUCGAAAGUGCAUUCCAUCCUGGGGUUUCUUCGAGCGUCCCAAACAGCUUGCCGUCUUUGAUGAGAGCCGGAUCAGUUGGCAGUCAUCCUGGACUCGCUGAUUCAGGCCACUCAAUGGGCCAUUUAAAGUUUGACAUCAGACCAACACAGAAUGUUCAUCCUCAUUCACUACCCGACUAUCAUGAUGCUUUGGUGAAUGGCAUUCACUGCAGUUCUCCUCGUACCAUGGUGUCCACCAUUAAUUCUAGAUAUAUGGAGAGAAUUGAUAACAGGCAGUUGUGCAGAUUUGGAUCUGCGGGGAAGGGGAGCUGCACUCUUCCUGGACAGUACCCAUGGGGCAAUCAUUCCUACCAACCUCAGCCUUCGAGCAUGAUGUGGCCCAACUCUCCAUCCUUUGUUAACAAGAAGCAGUAUGAGCUCGAUAUUGACCGCAUAAUGAGAGGAGAGGACAAUAGAACGACGCUAAUGAUCAAGAACAUUCCUAACAAGUACCCUUCAAAAAUGCUGUUAGCUGCAAUUGAUGAAUGCCACCGAGGAACUUAUGAUUUCAUAUACUUGCCAAUUGAUUUUAAGAACAAAUGCAAUGUUGGGUAUGCCUUCAUCAACAUGACUGAUCCUAGCCAAAUCAUCCCGUUCUAUAAGAAAUGGGAGAAAUUCAACAGCGAGAAAGUGGCUUCCCUUGCAAACGCUCGUAUACAAGGAAAGGCUGCCCUCAUCGCACAUUUCCGGAACUCAAGCUUGAUGAAUGAAGAUAAGCGAUGCCGUCCUAUUCUCUUCAACACAGAAGGUCCCAAUGCCGGGGAUCAGGUCCCUUUUACAAUGGGGGUGAAUGUCCGAACUAGACCUGGGAAGUCACGGACCGGCAAUCCCGAGGACAACGAUCAAGGGAACCGAUCGAGUCUACCAAACGGGGAAGAUUCUUCUCAUGGACAUGUGGACACAUCUACAGGCUGUGGAAAGGAAUCAGACUGA